AUGUCCUCCCGCGCACUUCGCAAGCUGCAAAAGCUGCGCGAGCAACAGUUGCAGCAAGUAUCGUUACAAGCAGAAGAAAACGAUGAGUCAAGCGAAGAUGAGCCCGUACCCCAGCCUUCAAAGCCGAAGUUGAACGCCUUUGAUUUACUUAAUGCCGCCGAUGAAGAGGAUGAAGAAGAGCAAGAGUCCGACAACGAUGCUCACGAGCCGGUGAUGCAGCCAACGGAAGAUAUACCUGUCCCAGCGAAAUCGGCAGAUUCGAAGAAGAAGAAGAAAAAGAAAAAUAAGAAGAAGAAGGCUUUUUCGAAAGCCACCGAUGGAGCAACAGCGAGUACCAAGGCAGAUGAGGAAGGAUUAGACGAGAUUGAUCGAGCACUGAGGGAGCUAGCCGUUGACAAUAACCGUUCCGCACAAGGCGAUGUCACGACAGCUGCAGCCGGAAAUAAUCGUGAUGCCUCGUUUCCAAAGACUCCGGCGGAGCUUCUAGCCAUCGAUCCGAAGUCUCUCAAUGCGACGAAUGAAAUGCGAAAGUUGUUUGGUAAUGUUGUGUUGGAAAACUUUGAUCAAGAGGAUGCUGGCGCAGGCCGCAGAAGAGACAGGAAUCGGGAAACAAUUGACCUCGGUCGCGCAUUGACUGGUAGAUACAGUCCUGCGAGUAGAGGUCAGAGUUUAGCUGGCGUCACGCUGCGACGCAACGUCCUGAUGCAGGGCAAGGAUGAAUGGCCUCGCACCCCUAGUGGUGGCCUCGGGAUGGAGCUGGUAGAGAAAUCGUCAACUGGUCCUACGGUCUACCGGCUUAUUCACAACGCUUCCUAUAAGGACGUGCAGAUGCAGUUCGAUAUGUGUGUGGAGUCAAUGGACCCUCAAAGAAUGAUUCACCUCCUACAAUAUAAUCCGUACCAUAUUUCGACUCUGCUCCAAGUCUCCGAAAUAGCCAAGCACCAAAGUGACCACGCCGUUUCCGCUGAUCUCCUUGAACGGGCGCUUUUCAACAUUGGAAGGUCGGCUCACUCAUCCUUUGGUACCAGCCUCAAGGAAGGUCAAGCAAGGCUGGAUUUUGCGCAUAUGGCGAACCGGGAGUUGUGGCUCGUCGGUUGGAGGUACAUUGCCAACCUGGGCAUGAAAGGAACCUGGAGGACAGCCUAUGAGUGGGCUAAGAUGUUACUGAGUCUCAAUGACGGUGAUCCAUACUGUAUCAGACUUCUGAUCGAUCACUUGGCCCUUAGGGGCCGAGAGUACUCCCAUUUCAUCGAACUUUGUACACAAACCCGGCUGAGAGAGGAAUGGGCGUCUCUACCAAAUAUUCAAUGCUCACUUGCAUUGGCAUACCUCCGGUUGAACAAGCCUAAGGAAUGUAGAGAGCAGCUUCGUCUCGCCAUGUUGCGCUACCCAUGGGUGUUUUGCAAGCUAGCGCAGGAGCUUGAUAUCCAGCCCAUGCCUAAGCAGAUCUGGGGCAAGAUGCCUCCGACUGACGCUCAUGAAUUGCUCACUGAACUCUACAUUGUCCGUGCCAAGGAUCUCUGGAACACACCCGAGGCAGUUUCAUUGAUCGUGGAAGUUGCAGAUACAUUGGUAGAAGAGGAAGAGCCAGUUGAACCUCCUGAGAUCACACUCGACAUUGCCCGCCAUGUGGUGCUUUCGGACAUCCCUAGAGUUACAACGCAUCUACCCACACGCUUUGUCUCCGGGCGGAUAUCAGCGUCAGACCCGCUCCCUCCCUAUGACUCAGAGGCUUUCCGCCAACAGUCAGAUCCCACCCCAUCGUAUAUGUCUCGAGUUCCGGAGGCUGGUCGCCCACAGUGGCUGCGGGACCUUCUGGAUCAAAUGAACAAUGGCGCUAUUCGUUUCCCUGGGUUCCAGGGUGGCGAAGAAGUGCAUGACGAAAACGGACCGAGUGGUGAGGGCGAAGGCGAGAUUAAUCCCACACGUCCACAUCCUAGCGCUGAUCAGCAGCCACAACUUGAGCAGUGGCUCCUGGCAGAUGGUCUCCACAGUCUGGAAGCAUUUUUACGCCAGUAUGGUGUCGAUCGCGGUAACUGGGGAGAGGUCGUCGACUACUCGCCCUUGACUGAGUAUGUAGAUGCCUUGGACGCCCUCCAGCCGGAGACUCGACAGCGGUUACUCCAUGGUCCGAUUCGGGACUCUAUGGGUGAGAUGGCGAUCGAUUUGUUGGAGGAUGAACUUCAGCUACUAGAAUAUGAUGAAGACGAGGAUGUGUGA